AACAGAUCUUCCUAGCUGGCACAGAGUUAGGCCGUGGCCCCUCUAAGGUCAUAUACCCUGAAGCACUGAAAAAUUCUGAGGCUGUCCGUUGCAAGGCUGGCUGCAGGAUCCUGGAACAAUAUCUCAAGAUCUGCAGAUCUGAAGAGGAUUUGUUUCAAGUGACCCAUUUUCUCCAAGGGGCUCUGCAGUGGCAUCUGGAUCUUCCUUCAGAAAUCUGUUCUGUUUGUAAUUGGAGUUGCACAAACGGAUCAGUCAGUGAAGAACUCAACCAUGACAGUGGAACUCGAAUCCAGCAAUGUCGUCAACUCAAAUCAGGAAGCAAAACCUGUCCAGCUUUUGGAUGAUGAAGUAAACAAAAAUCUGCCAGUCAAAAAGGAGACUGCCUGUUGCAAUGGCUUGAAGGUAUUUCUCGCUGCUUUAUCAUUCAGCUACUUGAGUAAAGCAUUGUCUGGUACCAUUAUGAAAAGUUCCAUCACUCAGAUUGAACGAAGGUUUGACCUGACAUCCUCUACCGUUGGUUUCAUCGAUGGGAGCUUUGAGAUGGGUAACUUGCUGGUGAUUGCAUUUGUAAGCUACUUUGGAGAUAAACUUCAUAGGCCCAAAGUAAUAGCUGCUGGAUGCUUUACUAUGACUCUGGGAUGUCUUUUAACAGCAAUGCCUCAUUUCUUCAUGGGAUACUAUAAGUAUGAGACAACAUCACAUACAGUCUCUUCAGACAACUCAACCGGCAGCACAACUCCCUGCUCCCCCCAUCAAGGUGUGAAUGAAAGCUCGUUGGAAUUCUCUCAAUCAGGCUGUCAGAAGGAACCAUCAUCAUAUAUGUGGAUAUAUAUCUUACUGGGAAACAUGUUACGUGGGAUUGGUGAGACACCAAUAACACCAUUGGGCAUCUCUUAUCUUGCUGAUUUUGCUAAAGAAGAGGACAUUCCCGUGUACGUAGGAUUUGUGCACACUACAGCCAUGAUGGGCCCAAUGUUUGGUUUCCUGUUGGGAUCUUUAUGUGCAAAACUGUAUGUGGAUAUUGGAUUUGUAGAUUUAGGAAGCAUCACUAUCACCCCACAAGAUUCCCGCUGGGUGGGUGCAUGGUGGCUUGGUUUUUUAAUAGGUGGAAUAGCCAGUUUCCUAGCAGCUCUUCCAUUUUGCUUUCUGCCAAAGAGUCUAAAGAAGCCAGAGGAAGCCAAGGAUGUCCAAGAUUCAUGUCGUCUUUUGGAAAAUACAGAUGUCACAAGGACAGCACUUCCUACAAAACCUAUGGCAAGGAAGUGGUCAGUAGUACUGAAAGAUUUCUAUACCUCCCUGAAAAAAGUUUUGAGUAAUCGAAUGUACUUUACAUAUUUGUGUUACUCACUGUUACAGUUCAGUAGCUUUAUUGGUUUCAUCACUUACAAACCAAAGUACAUGGAACAGCAGUAUGGACAAUCAGCAUCUAAAUCUAACUUUCUAAUAGGAUUAACAACCUUACCUCCUGUAGGUAUUGGGAUUUUUCUAGGAGGGCUCAUAAUGAAAAGGUACAAAAUGGGCAUCACUGAAGCAACCAAGUUUGCAUUUGCCAUGUCAUUUUCGGCCUACGCCCUCAGUCUCUUGCACUUUUUUGUUGGCUGUGAGAACCAUGUGGUAGCAGGAAUAACAGUAUCCUAUGAAGGCAAACCCAUUCCAUACCAUGAAAAUUCUGUAUUUUCUGAGUGCAACUCUGAUUGCAAAUGUGCCUCCAAUGUGUGGGAUCCUGUGUGUGGAGACGAUGGAAUCACAUACGUUUCAGCAUGUCUAGCUGGGUGCAAGACUUCAGUGGGACAUGGAAAGAACAUGGUCUUCCACAACUGCAGCUGUCUUGAAGCCAGUUCAUGGACAGGAAAUAACUCUGCCACCUUGGGGCAAUGUCCAAAAAGUGAGGAUUGUUCAAGGAAGUUCAUUUAUUAUACAGUGAUACAAGUAAUAGGUGGCUUUUUUUAUGCCUUGGGAGGCACCCCAGCAUAUGUAAUUAUGUUUAGAUGCGUUCAUCCAGAGUUGAAAUCUCUUGCAGUUGGUCUAUACACACUCAUUAUGAGAGUGCUAGCUGGGAUUCCAGCACCAGUUUAUUACGGUGCACUGAUAGACAAGACCUGCUUGAAAUGGGGAAGCACAAGCUGGGGGCAGCGAGGGGCUUGCAGGUUAUACGACUCCAACGCAUACAGGUAUGUCUUCCUUGGAUUGUCAGCAGUGUUGAGAGGUCCUUCCUACUUGAUUGUAAUAGUUUUUUAUAUAUUGGUAAAGAAACACUUUCAAAAUAAGGACUCCAGGCCUGUAGAGAAUGGAGGAAGAGAAGAUACUCCUAUGAGCAGAGAUGGUAAUCGUGAGAACAAAGAACAUUUGCCAGGUUCUACUGAUGCAGAGAAUGAAUCGUGUAUUUAGAAAGCCACUGGUGUCUUGUGAAUCUGGACAUCUUAUUUUAGAUACAGCUUUCACAAUGUAGUGAAUAACUAAAUAAUAAAUAAUAACACUGUUUAGAAAGUAAAACUAAUAACAAACCUGUGAUCAACAGGAAAAACUAACAUGUAAGUAUGAAAGCGCCUUAAGUGUACCCGGUUACCAAUAACGGACACAAGUUACAUGAACUGAACCAAAUUUUCAUCAGAUAAAGGAAAACAUCCCUUAGCACUU